AGCUAAAGAAAAAUACACCCAGAAUGGAAAACAAGAGGUAGAGGUAAAAUUUUCUGUGUGUUCCGAUAUUCAACAAACCCUAAUUUAUUUUUUUCAUUCCCUUCCUUUUCAUCCAUUCAUAUUCAUUUCCAAUUCAAAUUUUAAUUUAAAUCAGAUCUAUUAUUAUUUCCUCAAAAAAUAAUAAAAAAAAAUCUCAAACAUAUACCUACAAAAUCUAUAUAGAUGUACAGAGAUAAAGGUGGUGCAUCGUCGGCGAUGGUCGGCGGCGGUGGCGGAGGUGAUCGGAAAAGAAUAAAUGAAGCAUUGGACAAAAAAACUUCAUCUUCACCUUCAAAAACAACAACUUCUAGGGUUUUCAAUUUUAAUAAUAAUAAUAAUAAUAAUAAAGAAAAAGAAAAAUUGUCUAUGCCUUCAACUUCCUCAGCUGCUAAUACCAAAAAUAAGCUUUCGGAUGAUGAAUCUGAAACCGACAGUGAGGAGUCUGAUGUUAGUGGCUCUGACGAGGAUGAUACUUCAUGGAUUUCAUGGUUUUGCAAUUUGAGAGGAAAUGAGUUUUUCUGCGAAGUUGAUGAUGAGUACAUUCAAGAUGAUUUUAACCUUUGUGGCUUAAGCAGUCAAGUUCCUUAUUUUGAUUAUGCCCUUGAUCUAAUUCUAGAUGCCGAGUCUUCUCACGGAGAUAUGUUCACUGAAGAACAAAAUGAACUGGUUGAAUCAGCAGCUGAGAUGUUGUAUGGUCUGAUUCAUGUCCGAUACAUAUUGACUACCCGAGGAUUGUCUGCAAUGUUAGAAAAGUACAAAAAUUACGACUUUGGAAGGUGCCCAAGAGUUUACUGCUGUGGACAGCCCUGCCUUCCUGUUGGCCAAUCAGACAUACCACGAUCAAGUACUGUGAAAAUAUAUUGUCCCAAGUGUGAAGACAUCUACUACCCGCGAUCCAAGUAUCAAGGCAACAUUGAUGGUGCUUAUUUUGGAACCACUUUUCCUCACUUGUUCUUAAUGACUUACGGUCACCUCAAGCCACCAAAAGCUUCACAGAGCUAUACCCCAAGAGUAUUUGGCUUCAAGCUUCACAAACCGUGAUGGUCUUCAUCCUUGUAUUGUCAAGUGGUUCUAACAAGGUAUUCCAGAAAAUGUGAAAAAAUGCGACCUAUAUCACAAUUUGAGAUUCUAGCUCAAGUUUAAAAAAAAAAAAAAGUAAUUUAGUGUAGGAGUUAUAUGGAAAAGUGCUUUCCCCUUGUACCUCAUAAAUUUGUUUGUUACUGGUAGAGUUAAUAUCAUGUUCUGUACAAUGUAGUAUUUAUAAAA